AUGUCCAACGGAAAGACCUUCACAUUGAACAACGGGGUCAAGAUCCCCGCUGUUGGCUUCGGCACCUUUGCCAGCGAGGGCUCCAAGGGUGAGACCUACAAUGCCGUCACCACUGCUCUGCGCACCGGAUACCGUCACCUCGACUGUGCUUGGUUCUACCAGAACGAGGACGAGGUGGGUGAUGCGAUUCGAGACUUCCUCAAAGAGAACACCUCCGUCAAGCGUGAGGACCUCUUCGUCACGACCAAGGUCUGGAACCACUUGCACCGCUACGACGACGUCCUCUGGUCGGUCAACGACUCUCUGAAGCGUCUGCAACUCGACUACGUUGACCUGUUCCUGGUCCACUGGCCCAUUGCUGCGGAGAAGGACGGCCAGGACAAGCCCAAGAUUGGCCCUGAUGGAAAGGUGAGUCAAUUGCACCCUCGUUGGCUUGUCUUCGAUAGCGAGGUGACUUGGAAGUCAAUCAAAUCAUUUCCUCGUCCUCGAGAGACUUGCCCCUCCCCAAGCCCGCCAGGUCGAGUGCCGUAUUCUAACACUCCAGUCGAUGUUGCUUUCCAGUACGUGAUCCUCAAGGACCUUACCGAGAACCCCGAGGAGACAUGGCGCGCCAUGGAGAAGCUCCAUGCCGACGGCAAGGCCAAGGCCAUUGGUGUCUCCAACUGGACCAUCCCCAACCUGGAGCAAUUGGCCAAGAUCGCCAAGGUUCAGCCCGCCGUCAACCAGAUUGAGAUCCACCCCUUCCUGCCCAACGAGGAGCUGGUCAAGUACUGCUUUGACCACAACAUCAUGCCCCAGGCCUACUCGCCGCUCGGCUCCCAGAACCAGGUGCCCACCACCGGCGAGCGUGUCUCUGAGAACAAGACUUUGAACGACAUUGCCGAGAAGGGCGGCAACACCCUGGCUCAAGUGCUGAUCGCCUGGGGUAUCCGCCGUGGCUACGUCGUUCUCCCCAAGAGCUCCAACCCCAAGCGUAUCGAGUCCAACUUCAACAGCAUCGAACUGACCGACGAGGACUUUGAGGCCGUCAACAGCGUCGCCAAGGACCGUCACUUCCGCUUUGUGAACAUGAAGGACACCUUUGGUUAUGAUGUUUGGCCCGAGGAGACCGCCAAGAACCUGUCUGCUUAA